AUGCCUCCCGCAAUACAGGACUCGGAAGAUGAGGACGAAAUUCUGUUUGAAGACGAACCGAGUCAGCGUAGCACGUUCUCUCAGCUCGCCGACCAUGCAACAUCCAUUUUGAAGGACUUCCCGGAUGUAGUGCCACAGCUCGAUGGAGCUGCAGACAAGCCGCCAAGGGGUACUUCAUCCUCAGACCUACGAAGACAAGUCGCAGACGCAGAACGAGGCCUUCUUGCCACCAAUUCGGACCAACCAUCGAAACAUGCCGCAGGAAUGCCCUCUUCUACCUCACCCGCACUCCAAAGGAACAAGCGACGUAAUACGACUGUUGUCGGUUCCGAUUCUGGCGUCAGUCCUGUCAAGAGUCUGAAGCGAGUCAAGACUUAUGCUCAAACACGCUCGAUUCUUGGUGACGAUGAUGAUCGCCCGCAUGCCCCAAGUGGUCUACCAGCUGGAACUAUCGCAGAUGAUUUCAUGAACCACGAGCCCAAUGUCAUGUUUCGAGACACUGGCACUACAAAUGCCUUCAAUGAUUCGACACAAGAGGAGUUGGUGGAACAAGCUCGUGGCGGCAACAACGUACAAACUGCCAAUGAAGCCCCUCUUCCCAAGGCCUCGAAUUCGGACAAGAGCUCUUCCUUUCCUUGGACCGCUUCUGCAGAGCCAACACAGACCGAGGGGUCGCCAGUCAAGGCAGACGAGCAGAUUAUUCAAAGGGAAGACAACACCACGGCUCAGCAGGUCCCCAACCUGGUCCGUAGACCAACGAUCGAACCUCUUUCGCCUGUUGCAAAGAGACCAGCAUUCUUCCAGAAGCCAGAAGACGACCGUCCUGGUACGCAAGAGGCAGCACCACCUGCUGCAAAGGCUCGCUCGCCACCCAAAUCUAGUCCGGUCGUGAUCAUUGACAGACGGGAUGCAGUAUCGGAGCUUCGAGAUGAAGAGAACUCGGGCGCUCAGAAGGCGAAGCGAGGUCGCAAGCGAAAGUCACAGGAAGCGGUGCACGAGCAAACACAAUCCGAUGACAGGCUCGACUCUGACGACAGAAUGCUGAAAGAAAUGGGUCUGCCCGAAGAUCAGUACAAGCCAAGACCCAGCCGACGGAGAGCCACGCAGGUUGAAGAGCCACUCGACAUGUCUUUGACUGUCGAGAGGGCGGUCAGGAAGCAGCAGCGAAGAAAGACCGAUAAUGCUACAGCAGAAGCUGCCACUUCAUCACAGUCUCAUGCUCAGAACGGCUCCCGAGAUGGGCUCUAUGCGUGUCCACUGGGUUGCAGUUCGAGGAUGACUGAGGAAGAGGUCUUUCCUCAUCUUGAUCUAUGUCCUACCAAGCAAAAGGCCACUCAGCCGAGCAAAGACAAGGCCACGGAAGAGAAUGACAGCGUUCACGUGGUCUCGCCUCAGAAGAUGCUUGAAAAGGGCAGGAAAUCUGCGAUCAAGCCAGUCACUGUCGAAGAACGCCCAAAGGCGUCUUCUCGAGCAAGCAGCAUCGACGCAAGCCCUUCUUCAAAGACAUUGGGCCAGCUCUCGUCUGAGAAGAAGACCGACGUUGGCCUUAUGUUACCUCCUACUAUGCCCGCAUCGGCCUCGAAGAGAGCACGACGAAGCAAGACCACCAUCUUUGAAGAUCAUGUCGACUUUGGUGGUAGCCAGAGGUCGCCGAACCUAAGCCAGCAGCAAGCAAAGCGUAAGGCUGCUCUGCUGGAAGUGACGAACGGGUCCACGCAGAAGUCACGCCGCAAAAUCGUGCAAGAUGACGAGGACGAUGAGGAUGAGCUUGCCAAGGAAGAGGCGGAAGUCAUAGAGCCUCCACAAAAGAGAGCCAGAGGUCGUCCCGCCAAAGCAUCAACCCAGAAACCUGCCAAAUCCUCUGAAAGAGUGCUUAAGGACUCCGAUGCCGAGGAUGACGAGGAGGAGAUCGAGCUCAAACCACCUGCCAAGCCGAAAGCCCGAGGACGUUCCAAGACAGUUCUCCAAGACUCUGACUCAGACGACGACGAUGAACUCGAAGCUGAAGAGCCUCCAGUCAAGAAAGGCCGUGGCCGACCACCGAAGACCAAGUCCAAGGAGAAGGUGCUUCAAAACUCUGAUUCAGAGAACGACGAUCUCGAAGCAGAAGAGCCUGUAGCAAAGAAAGGUCGCGGUCGACCGCCCAAAGCCAAGUCUAAGGAGAAAGUUCUCGAAGACUCAGACGCCGUGGACGAGGACCCCAACGCAGAAGAAGACGAUGUCGAGCUUGAUGAGUCGCCGAAGAAGAAACGCCCGGGCAGACCGCCCAAGGCCAAAGCUGACAGUGGCAAGCCAGUCGAUAAUGCUCCCGCGAAAGAGAACAGUGAGAUCGACAUACCCUCGAGCGACCUCUCAGCGCUCAACAAAGGCGAUAGCAGCCCGACCAAGGCUGCACUUUCACGGAAAGACUCGAACCAGCAGCCAAAAGCCAAGGACAUGCAGUCACCCAGAAGCACACCUCCGCAGAGACCUGAUGCGAAGCCAGCCCCAGUAACGCAUUCGCCCAUCAAGAGCAUUACCAAGGCCGGUAGCAAUGGCAGCUUCCCAACCUACCGUGUCGGUCUCAGCAAGACGAGGAAGAUUCCCUCUCUGCUGAAGAUCGUGGGUAAACCGAGGCCAGACACUCGACGCUGA